CCUGGCCUGCCCAGCUUUGCCCGCUCCUUGCCCCCGGCCUGUGCCCAUCGUCGGCUCGCCCCGUCUUCGCCGCCGCUGCCAGUCGAGCGCCCUCAGCAUGGCAAAGUGCCAGCACAACGGCCCGGGCUACGCCACUCCUUUGGAGGCCAUGAAAGGGCCCCGGGAGGUGCUCGUCUACCUGCCCUGCAUCUACCGCAACACGCCCACCAAGGCGCCCGACUACCUGGCCACCGUGGACGUGGACCCCGCAUCCCCCCACUACUGCCAGGUGAUCCACCGGCUGCCGAUGUCGCACGAGGGGGACGAGCUGCACCACUCGGGCUGGAACGCCUGCAGCAGCUGCUUCGGAGACCGCUCCAAGGCCCGCAGCAAGCUCCUGCUGCCCAGCCUCGUCUCCUCCCGCAUCUACGUCGUCGACGUGGCCACCGACCCCCGCGCCCCCCGCUUCCACAAGGUGGUGGAGCCAGAGGAAGUGAUCUCUCGCACCGGCCUGGCUCACCUGCACACCAGCCACUGCCUGGCCAGCGGGGAGGUGAUGAUCAGCACCCUGGGGGACCCGGCCGGCAAUGCCAAGGGUGGGUUCGUGCUGCUGGACGGGGAGACGUUCGAGGUGAAGGGCACGUGGGAGAAGGCGGGAGGGGAGGCCCCCAUGGGCUACGACUUCUGGUACCAACCGAGGCACAACGUCAUGGUCAGCACGGAGUGGGCCGCCCCCAAGGUCUUCAUGGAAGGCUUCAAACCGGCCGACGUGAAAGCCGGGCUGUACGGAACGCGGAUCCACGUGUGGGACUGGCAGAAGCGGGAGCGGGUGCAGACCCUGGAUUUGGGAGCUGACGGGACCAUCCCCCUGGAGAUCCGCUUCCUGCACGACCCCGCCGCCUCCCAGGGCUUCGUGGGCUGUGCCCUCAGCUCCAACAUCUACCACUUCUUCAAGGACCAGACUGGCGUCUGGGCUGCAAAGAAGGUGAUCCAGGUGCCCCCAAAGAAGGUAGAGGGCUGGAUGUUGCCCGAAAUGCCAGGCUUGAUCACGGACAUCCUGCUGUCCCUGGAUGACCGCUUCCUGUACUUCAGCAACUGGGUGCACGGUGACAUCCGGCAGUACGACGUCUCCGACCCCAGCCAUCCCCGCCUCGUUGGGCAGGUCUUCCUCGGAGGAAGCAUCGUGCAGGGCGGUCCCGUGCGCGUCCUCCAGGACCCAGAGCUCAAGCACCAGCCCGAGCCCCUGGUGAUCAAGGGGAAGAAGAUCGCGGGUGGCCCCCAGAUGAUCCAGCUGAGCCUGGAUGGGCAUCGGCUCUACGUCACCACGUCCCUCUACAGCGCCUGGGACAAGCAGUUCUACCCCGACCUCCUCCGGGAGGGUUCUGUGAUGAUGCAGAUUGACGUGGAUACGGAGAAGGGGGGCCUGACCCUGAACCGCAACUUCCUGGUCGACUUCGGCAAGGAGCCGCUGGGCCCCGCCCUGGCCCACGAGCUCCGCUACCCCGGCGGCGACUGCAGCUCCGACAUCUGGCUGUGAGGGCCGGGACCACCAGCGGGCCCCCGGCCCCCGUCCCUAGCCACCCCCACCCCUCUCCCUCCCAGGACGCGGUCCCCCCCACCCCCCACCCCCACCCCCGGCUCAUCGUCUCUGCCCCGUUUUUGCUACUGAAUGUCGGUUGGGGUGCCCGUGUCGGCCGUGGACGGGGAAGGAAUAAAACCGGUGGAAACGGA